GGGGUUCGGCCUCGCAGUCCCAAGCCCGCGCGUCCCGCGCGUCCCCCGUGUCCCCCGCGCCCCCCGCACUCCUGCGCGAGUGCGAGCCGCCGGCGGAAGUGCUGCGUCGCGCACUUCCGGGUGUUGUCUGGUGGCUCCUACCGCCGCGCGUCUCUGGUCUCCCGGCCGCCGCCGAAGCCGCCGCGGGUCCUGGAGCCAGGAGCGACGUUACCGCCAUGGCUGGCAUCAAAGCUUUGAUUAGUUUGUCCUUUGGAGGAGCAAUUGGGCUGAUGUUUUUGAUGCUUGGAUGUGCCCUUCCAAUAUACAACCAAUACUGGCCCCUGUUUGUUCUGUUUUUUUACGUCCUUUCACCUAUUCCAUACUGCAUAGCAAGAAGAUUAGUGGAUGAUACAGAUGCUAUGAGUAAUGCUUGUAAGGAACUUGCCAUAUUUCUUACAACAGGCAUUGUUGUCUCAGCUUUUGGACUCCCUAUUGUAUUUGCCAGAGCGCACCUGAUUGAGUGGGGAGCUUGUGCACUUGUUCUCACAGGAAACACAGUCAUCUUUGCAACUAUACUGGGCUUUUUCUUGGUCUUUGGAAGCAAUGACGACUUCAGCUGGCAGCAGUGGUGAAAGAAAUUACUGAACUAUUGUCAGAUGGACUUCUCGUCGUUUGUUGGCCAUCCGUGCACACAGGAGAUGGGGCGGCAGUGAUGAGUGGCGUAGCAGGCCUCUUGGGGGUGUUCUAGGCGCUCCCGUCUCACUUUUAUUGUAAGCAUACUAUUUUCACAGAGACUUGCUAAAGGAUUAAAGGAUUUUCUCUUUUGGAAAAGUUUGACUGAUUUCACACUUACCUAUAGUAUGCUUUCUGUGGUGUCCUGCUGAAUUUAAAUAUUUAUGUGUUUUCCUUGUUCACUUUUUUUUUUUUAAAUCAAUAUGCAAUGUUAAACAUUUUUUAAAUGUAAUAGCUGUUCACAUUGGUUAGGAAUUAGAUUUCUUCUGGCUAUUCCUGGGCUAAAGUAUAUCUUUUCUCUUAAAAUUAUUUAACCUUCAUUAUUACAAAAAGUUAUAAAAGUAAGUUUUCAAUUAGUCAGGAUGACAUCACUCCCAAUUUUAUGCAGACAUAGCUUAUAGACUAUGUACUCAGUGCACAUAUAGCUGCAUUCAUACCUCAGAAGGGCCAAGUAUUUAUUAAUGCGCAAACCCUCCUUAAGGGUUGCUGGCUUUGCCAGUAACCAGAUGUUUUGUGAACUGAAAAUUAUUUUGUGGAAUUGCUACAAAGGAGUGCUUUUCUUUUCAAUUGUUCGAAGAAUGUUUUGUUAAACUUUUAGGUAAGGGUGUAAAAACAGAUUUUUGAAAUAUGGUUUUAAUUUACAUUUGUGAUAAAGAGCUGCAGAUGGUUAAAGAGUUGCAUUGUGGGAGAAAAUAAUGUUGAAAUUUCAUUUUUUGAAUCCUGUUUCUAUUGAUAAGGGAAAUUGUUGCUCCUCUAUCCGCCUUUCAUGUUCUACCAUGGGUAAAAUGGUCAUUCAUGGAACUACUACUGAUAAGGGAAAGUUGUAUGUUUGCAUCACAUAUACCAGAAACCCUUUCCUUGCUCCCUCCUUUUAACUUAUUUUAUACAGUGUCCAUGUUAAGUAAAAUAACUUUCCAGUAUAGUUUACUAACACUUUAAAUGAAAGGUGUUUAACUCGCCUGGAAAGAAAUUGCUAUGCCAGGCGUUGAGAGCGCCCCUGCCCCGCGAGGCCCUGACACGGUGAGCAGGUGACUUGUUACGUCUUGCAGGCGAUUCAUGCGUUGACAGUUUAAGACUUAGGCCGUGGUAGUUGCAGUUCUUAUUCUCUAAGGUUGUAUCAUUUGUUAUUUAAAACUAUUUAAGAUAAGUUUCCUGUAUACCUCGCAGUUGUUUUCAUUUAUAUUUCAUCAUGAUAGAGCUGCUGUUUCCUUUUAAAUGGCAUUUACUGCGUGAAUUAAUGCAAAGUAGCCAAAUCCAGCUGUACAGCAGCUUCAGGCACAAACCUGACCCCAAAAUUCCCAACAGCCAGGCAUGAUCAAAAUUGUAGGGGUUAUUUGCAGUUCACAAUUAUCAGUACUUUUAUCAGGAGCUAGUUAUAAAAAUGUUCAAAUUGACCUGACAGUAUUUUGUUGAGGACAUAUGUUUGUAUGUUUAUUCAGUAUACUCACAUAAAAAAUUGUUUUGGGUCCAGGCGAAACUGAGGCGUCAUGACAGCUAUCUUUAGUUAUUUUAUAAAGUUUAUUUCUCAAGAAAAUGGGAAGAAAUUUUGGGCUUGUUCAUAUUUUUACUGAAGAUGCCUAAAGGCCACAGGUUUUAUAGCGGAACCCAAGUUGUUACUUUUAGCUGCGGGAUGGAAGGCAGAAUGAAGUAUCUGCAUGUGAUUGUCCCAUUUACACAUUAGACUGAAAAUGGCUGCAGUGUUACGAUGCUGUAGACUUGAUGAGGAGGGUACAGGAUCACACGAGUGAGCUGGUAAAAGUCGGGAGCUCAGUCAGUGCCCGUGAUCAACCUGAUUUUUUUUUGGCAGGAAGUAUAUUUUCUGGUCCUUCCUCAUUUUCUUUUGUAGAAUGUCAGUGCAGGGCACUGCAACUGUUUUAGUCACGUGGCCAUAGACUCUUUUUCUAACAGCUGCAUAGUCUUUCUGUAUACUAAUUGCAUUGGCAGCAUUGUGUUUUUGAUCUUGCACACUGGCUUGACAUAGUGCUGUCUUUAAUUUCUAGGCUAUUUACUUGAGGUAUGAAUUUUCCAUAGACUAUGCACUGAUAUUUCAUUGCCAUUCUUCUAUGGAAACAGAACUUUUGGUGAUGAAACAAUAAAGAUUUUAAAUAUCUAUUUUUAGUUUGUGGGUGUUUCUGAAAUGAAAAUGUACUACACACUUCAGUUUCUGAAGUACAUUAUCCUUCAUAGUCAUGUGAUAUAAAACAAAUAUGACAUUAGUUAUAAUGAUAGACUUGCAGAAGUUUCACUUCCAAAAUAAAAAUAAAACCAUAGUAAUAAGUAUUACAAUGAAGGCCUGCGAUUUUAAGCUAUAAUAAAAAGAUUGGUAAUCUGGGAAAGUAGAAUCUUUACCCAGCCUUUUACAAAAAUAGCUAUAAAAGGUUUUGUUGACAUAAAAAGAUUACUGAUCAUCUAAAGUAAAGGUUGUACUUGUUCUUAAAUUUUCAGAACUUUUUAUGACUGCCAUGUUUUAGUAUCUUUAUCACCAUUUAUUAUUAGAGUAUUUUGUUUUUUGCAAACAUUUCAAACAGUUAAAAAUAAAAAAUUAACCUGUGUGAUUCAGUGUGGACAGAGAAAAGUACUAUUCUCUUUUAUCAAACAUAAAUCUUGCCCCAAAUUACCUGAAUUACAGUCUCAUUAUGUACUUUAUAAAGUUCAGAUUAUUGGUUCUUAGUGUCUAGUAUGAUUUUGGGGACAUUGUCAGAAUAAUCCAGAUUUCUAGUGUAACUCCAGAAUAUUUAUAUAAAAUGUGACUAGAUUUCAUAAGUUUCAGAUAACUUUCAACCAACACAACAAAUAUAAAAAGCAACCAUGCAGCAUUACUGUUAAGUAAUAUGUAUGUUUUAAAAUUGAGGAUGUUUUAUGAUAUGUAAAAUUGGAGGGAAAUGCAAAUUCAUACAUCUUCCAUAUAAACCUGUAUUGUCCUUUCUCCUGGGGAAGGUUAGGAAGCUCUUAUUCUAUUGCAAGCUUCCUAAUUUUCUGUCAUUCUGAGGGGACAGAACAUAUCCUGUAAAAUAAAUAUUCCAGGUAACUGAAGCUGAACUCAAAAAGAACUAGCAUUUGCUAGUUGGAAACCUGAAUUAAAGCCAAAGAUGUUCAUCGUCUGCCAGCGGUAGCGCACAGGCUUUGGCAGAUGUGAGGUUUUCCCGGGGCUGACAAGAUUUGCAUCCCACAGCUUUUAACCAGAUGCAGGAGGUUUGUGACCUGGGCAGUAGUUCCCUGACCUCUGGGCUACAGGGAUGCGGGCGCUCCUAGUGGAGAUCCCCUUAACUUUUGCACCCCCCCCCCCCAUGCAUUCCAGUGAUUUUGUUGUUGUUCUUACCUUUUUAAAA